CCCCAUCCCCGACCUAACCUCCAACGUCACUUCGGUCCGCCGCCCCCGUCCGAACAACCCAAUUCCUUUAAACAAACGAUGCGCCUCGUCCUACGGACCCUUCGCCCUUUUGCAUCCUCCGUCCUCAACCCUGCCGCCCACCGCCUCGUGCCCUUUCGCAAAAUGACCACCGCCACAACCGCCUCCGCCUCCCCGGUGCUCAAAAAGCCCGUCAAGCUGGCCUGCAUCCAGCUCGCCUCGGGCGCCGACAAGGCGACCAACCUCUCCAAUGCCCGCGCCAAGGUCCUCGAGGCCGCGCGCGACGGCGCCAAGAUCGUCGUGCUUCCGGAGUGCUUCAAUUCGCCCUAUGGCUGCGACUACUUUCCCAAGUACGCCGAGACCCUGCUGCCCUCACCGCCCACGCGGGAGCAGUCGCCCAGCUUCCACGCGCUGGCCGCCAUGGCCUCCGAGAGCGGCGCCUACCUCGUUGGCGGCUCCAUCCCCGAGCUGGACGGCGAGACGGGCAAGUUCUACAAUACGAGCCUCGUCUUCUCGCCCGAGGGCGCGCUGCUGGCCACCCACCGCAAGGUGCACCUCUUUGACAUCGACAUCCCCGGCAAGAUCACCUUCCGCGAGUCCGAGGUCCUGAGCCCCGGCGAUGCCGUCACCGUUGUCGACCUGCCCGGCUACGGCCGCAUCUCGGUCGCAAUCUGCUACGACAUCCGCUUCCCCGAGCUUGCCGCCAUCGCCGCGCGGAGGGGCUGCUUCGCGCUCGUGUACCCGGGCGCCUUCAACCUGACGACGGGGCCGAUGCACUGGCGUCUGCUGGGACAGGGCCGCGCCAUCGACAACCAGAUUUACGUCGCCCUGUGCAGCCCUGCGCGCGACCUCGGCGCCACCUACCACGCCUGGGGCCACAGCCUCAUCGUCGACCCCAUGGCGAACGUGCUGGUUGAGGCGGAGGAGGGGGAGGGCAUCGUCGCCUGGGAGCUGGACGGGAACAAGAUUGAGGAGGCGAGGCGGAACAUCCCCAUCAACACGCAGAGGCGAUUCGACGUGUAUCCUGAUGUGAGCCAGCCCAAGGUCGAGUCGUAAAGUGGGCAGAGGAAUGGUUUGGCCUGGAGGGGGGAGGCUGGAAACGCCCUCCCGCAGGGCAUGUAUAGAAGAGGAGGGGUCUUAUGCAUGGAUAUCAAGGUGCCGCCCACGAAAGCACAGGGCGGUUUCAGUCGUCGAGGACGUUGGUCCUCCCGCACGGUUGUCAACACUUUCCGUCUUCCGUGUGGAGGAGAGUGCUGCGUCUUUUUCUUGAUUCCUGUUCGGGUGUCGCGCCGCUCAUUGUUUUGCUGGCAUUUUGUUCUGUUGCGGUCUCGAGUUGAGUGCCUCGACCGAGACGGGAUACCCCUUUUCCUUCCCUCUCACGAAAUCUGCAUUUGGAAGCCUUGAAUGCUUCGACUGCCGGCCUAGAGACUUUGGCGCUAUCUAUCUACCAAGGAGCAAGCGAGGAAACUGACGUGCUCAAAACCUACUUCUCUUGUUAGGGACGGCGUCGCACUCUUGGAUGGAUGGGUUCAGCCAGUGACAGGAAUAAGAGAAUUCAUGACAUCCGCAUCUCUCAAAGCGCGAGCUAACAAUGCGUUUCCGAGCGGAUGUCGGAAAGUAUAUUACAAUGCUAGAUUUCGGCGUCGUGCCCGCGUUUUAGUCGAGUUUGGCCAGCCAAACAGCAACAGACCCCCCGUAGAUACGGCCUCCAAAGAUUCCAAUCCCCGGAUCUAAUGUGGUCGUCCUGCUUGAUAUUAUUGCUUGUUGUUCCGGUUCGCCUGUAUGCAGUGGAUUGCUUGAGCACUAUGGAACGUUGACCUCGGGGGAUAACUCAACAUUGU